AUGUAUAUAGAGCUUCUGAAAUUUAAGUUUGAUACCCUGCCUCCAGGUGCUGUGCGUCCAACUGGCUGGCUCAAAGAUCAACUGCAGCUGUCGGCUGACGGUUUGGCUGGACACCUCUUUGAGUUUUACCGCUAUGUCUCCCGAUCUACUUGGCUGGGGGGAGACUGGGAGUAUAGCGAGUUGAACGAAGCAUCACCAUAUUGGUUCAAUUAUAUCGUGCCCUUAGCCUGGUCCCUCGAUGAUGCUAAACUCAAGUCUCAAGCAAAAGCUUAUCUUGAUUAUGUCCUCGACCACCAAGCUGAAGACGGAUGGCUCGGGCCAGAAACUACACGCCAGACCCGAGGCAUUUGGGCAAGAUCACUUCUCCUAUUUGGUCUCACACAAUACGCCGAAGCAGACCCUUCAGAACGAGACCGGAUUGUGAACAGCAUGCACAAGUUUUUGAAAUUGACUCACUCCAUGCUACGGAGCAAUUUUACAGGCUUAAUUCAGGAUAAAGACCAGGACGACCAUUUCGACCCUUUUGGCUUUGGUCUCUCCCGCACGCAUGAGCUCCCGAUCUCUUUGAUGUGGCUUUACGAGAACCACCCACGUGAUGCUGGUGACAUGAUAAUUGAAACCAUCGAGCUCAUGUUUGAUGGUGGCCGAAAGGGAGGCCGUGACUGGACAGACUUCUUCGUCGAGGAUGUUUUCCCUAAAGGAGGAACCGGCACAUUCAAAACAAGUGGUUUUACUCAUGGUGUAAAUUUGGCCCAGGGCCUUCGAUACCCAACUGUGCUCUAUCGCUUGACGGGGAAUGAUAGCCUUGUACAGCAGACUAAGAUGGCAGUCGAUAUGACAGUCAAGUAUCAAACGUCUGUUUCCGGUACUAUUAUUGGUGAUGAGCAUUUGGGUGCCCUUAGUCCUCAAAGAGGUUCGGAACUCUGUAUGACAGUCGAGUCCAUAUUUUCCUACGCCUUCCUAUACCGUUUUCAUGGGGUCAACAGUUACGCAGACAAAGCAGAACUCGCAGCUUUCAACGCAUUUCCAGCCGCCAUGAGCCCAGACUGGUGGUCUCACCAGUAUGUCACGCAAACAAACCAAAUUCGGUCAGGGAAUCUUACCCAAAACCCAUUUUUCAAUGUCGUUUCCUAUGCCAAUACAUAUGGCUUGGAACCCAAUUUUCCCUGCUGUACAGUCAACCACCCUCAAGCGUAUGCAAAGUACGUCACCUCUUCUUAUGCGAAAAUCAAUGAAAGCAGUGUUGCGCACAUUUUCCUUGGCCCUACAUCUGUUGAAACCCAUAUCAAAGGCAAAAAAGUCAAAGUCAAAUGCGAAACGAGCUAUCCAUUCGACUCCAUCCUUAAAUACACGAUUGAGAGUAAAACGAAAUUUGAUUUCGCAGUCAGGGUUCCCGGCUGGACUACCCCAAAGGCGAACAUUGAAGUCAAUGGCGGCCGCAGUAAGACAGUCGCUCCGGAUGACUCUGGGUUGCACCAUACAACAAUUCUUCCGGGUACCACGACUCUGACGCUGGAGCUACCUAUGGAGGUUCGGGUCGCAAUGCGCAACUCAUCUGCCAGUAUUUAUUAUGGCCCAUUGCUCUAUGCGUUCGAUAUCCCUUACACGGAGACGCAUCACCAACCCCUGAAUUGGACCGACCGCAAGCCUCUGCCAGAUGACGAGGUGCACCCGCACUCCCACGACUAUGUGUUAGAACCGACUGAGCUUUGGCAGUACGCAAUCGACCCAGAUAGCAUCGUCGUCAAGACGCCCACAUCGACCGUUAAAAACCUGCCCAAUCCGAUCUUUGCAAAAGAUGCUCCCCCAGUUUGUCUUACAGUUGAUGCGUGGAAGAUUGCCUGGCCAACAGAUAACGAUACAGCGGCGUGGCCUCCAAUCGACCCAGUGGUUGACAAGGAUAAAAAGGAAAAGAUAAAAUUGGUCCCGUUUGGAUCAGCCAAGUUGCAUAUUGCACAAUUCCCUGUGGCAAAAUCUCAAUAG